UCAUUUUUCUCCAACUUGACCGAAAGUACACACCACAAAAUAAAUCUUCGUGUAUUUAUUUUUUUAUUUUACAGAUGAUACCAAAGGCCUUCAUUUUUUCCUUGACUAUAGUGGCAAUCAGCGCCACCUGUGACCGUGAAAUUUCGCGUCCAGUGGAAUGGACGGGAGGCAACUUCGAGUGGCCAAAUCCAGCUACCAAAUCAAUUUACAAGACAUCAGGUCGCUUCAUCCAGAAGAACGCCAUAGCCACCCGCGCCCAAAUUUACAAAGACGACGUCAUCAUAGCCUUACCACGAUACAAAGCCGGAGUUCCAGCUACUCUAGCUAAACUUUCUCUGAAACAUAAGGGUUGCGAAGCUACUUUAACCCCGUUCCCUUGUUGGUCAACGCAGGAAGAAGGUAACUGCAACGCCCUCCAAUCAGUCGUCGACAUUGUCGCAGAUUCCAAUGAGAUCCUCUGGGUUUUGGACGUGGGCGUGGUCAACACUUUGGAAACACCAAUCAGGAGGUGUCCGCCUAAAGUCAUCGCUGUGAGUCUCAGAACGGGAAAACUCGUCAAGACCCUUGACUUAUCCGGUCUGGUGGCCCAAGCGUCACGUCUCCAGUACAUAGCCGUGGAGUACGCCCCUGAUGGACGCCCUUACGCUUACGUCAGCGAUGCAGCUACUAGAUCAAUUCUAGUGUUCGACGUCGCUGGAAACAGGGGCUACAGAGUCGUACUUCCUAAAGCUGUCGUAGGAAACGGCAAACGCGACGUCCUCUAUAUCGCAUUAAUCCAGAAGGGCUGCGGCAACAACUUCAUCGUCUUCACUUACCUCUCCUCUCCCAAAGUUUUCUCCAUCCGAACCGACUACCUCCGAGCUGGUUGCACCGCUGGAAGAAUCAUCGACAGUGGUACCAAAGACGGGAAAAUCAUCAUCCUGGGUACUGAUCUCGGUACCGCCAUCUUCUUCAGGUACGAAGGCAAACCAGAAGUCUACCGAUGGGACGCUACCACUCCUCUCGCCCCCGGUCUUCCAGUACUGGUCUACAAAUCCAAGAAGUGCUACCUCUCCACUCAAGCCUUACCUGAUCUCAAACGCGAAAGGAUGAGGAUUCUCGAAAGUAAUUUCCCUGAUUUUAUCCAGAACACUGUAGGGUGUGGAGCUUCGCAGAGAAUCACUUUGUUAGGUGGUUGCGUCAACCCCAAGAGUACUCUGCCUACGUAA